CAGGCGCAGUGUGAGCUCCGUGGCUGUCAGAGCGACUUCCGCAAGGGCUCCCUCUAGGAAGCGCUUGUCUCCGGGCGGCUGCUGUGGUGCCGGGCGUCAGACAUGGCGGAGGCGCUGGAGAUGGGCAAAGACCCCAACGGGCCCACCCAUUCCUCUACUCUGUUCGUGAGGGCAGACGGGAGCCCGCUGUCGUUCUACGUGCGGCCCAGCCCGGCCAAGCGCCGGCUGUCCACGCUGAUCCUGCACGGCGGCGGCACCGUGUGCCGCGUGCAGGAGCCCGGGGCGGUGCUGCUGGCCCAGCCGGGGGAAGCGCUGGCCGAGGCCUCGGGCGACUUCAUCUCCACGCAGUACAUCCUGGACUGCGUGGAGCGCAACGAGAGGCUGGAAAUGGAAGCCUAUCGGCUGCGCGCCGCCUCGGCGGGCGAGCAGGCUGCGGAGUCCAAGCCCGGCGCCGCGGGCGAGGGCGCCGCCGAGCGCGAGCCGCAGCCGCUCCCGGGGCGCGUGGCCUUCACGGACGCGGACGACGUGGCCAUCCUGACCUACGUGAAGGAGCACGCGCGCUCGCCCAGCUCGGUCACCGGCAACGCCCUGUGGAAAGCGAUGGAGAAGGGCGCGCUCACGCAGCACUCGUGGCAGGCCAUGAAGGACCGCUACCUCAAGCACCUGCGCGGCCAGGAGCACAAGUACCUGCUGGGGGACGCGCCCGUGAGCCCCUCUUCGCAGAAGCUCAAGAGGAAGGCGGAGCAGGACCCCGAGGCUGCGGACAGCGGGGAACCACAGAAUAAGAGAACUCCAGACUUGCCUGAAGAAGAAUAUGUGAAAGAAGAGACUGGGAAAAAUGAAGAAACAGUAAAAAAAAUGCUUGUAGAAACCACCCAGGACUUUGGGGAAGUUGUGGUUAAUGAGAGCUCUGAUUUUGAAAUCCACAUAACUAUGUGUGAUGAUGACCCUCCCACACCAGAAGAAGACUUAGAAACACAGCCUGAUGAGGAGGAAGAAGAAAAACUUUCUUCACCAGAGGUGGGAGCUGCCAUUAAGAUUAUCCGGCAAUUAAUGGAAAAGUUUAACUUGGAUCUAUCAACAGUCACACAGGCCUUCCUAAAAAAUAGUGGUGAGUUGGAGGCUACCUCCUCCUUUUUAGAGUCUGGUCGGAGAGCAGAUGGGUACCCCAUUUGGUCCCGGCAAGAUGACUUAGAUUUGCAAAAAAAUGAUGAAGCUACCAGAGAGGCUUUAGUCAAAAAAUUUGGUGCUCAGAAUGUAGCUCGGAGGAUUGAAUUCCGAAAAAAAUAAUUAGCAAGGUAAUGAGAAAAGAAAAAAACCAUGAACAGUUGUGACCUGUGAACUUCAAAAAGUUCUUACAUUGAAACUGACAUUUAUCUUCUGACCAAUGCUGCUAUCAUUCUGUGAGUCUCAGUUUCUGUAGCCAAGCAGAGUUAUGUAGGAGGAUAAAAGUCAAAGAAAUUGGAUAUAUUUAGAGUUGUCCCUGGAAAGUAUCAGUGUGUUUAAGAAAGGAAAAUCUGAACCAGAGAAGUCGAUCUACUAGGUAGUAAUCCUUUGCUGGAAUGGGAGCCCUGCUGUGCUAGUGAGAAGGAGCUUAGUGACAGAGUCAAAGAAAGAAAAUCAGGACCAUAGGUCUUUCCACAUAGCUUGAGUAAAGAGCCUCCUGUCCUUUGCCAGAAGUUUGUCAGAUCAUAGUAGAUUCAAAUCCAAGAAUCUAGAAAAAUGGAAAUUUAUAAUAAAAGGCCUUGAACAUGGAGUGUCCCAAACCAUUCCAUUCCCAAGGAGCUCUAAAUUUCUAGAAUGUUUUGAAAAUUGCAUAUUUGCUUUGCUAACUUAGUAUUCAGGGCCCCUGUUCUUUGGCUAUUGUUUUCUUGGAGCACUUCUGAGUCAGGUCUCUAGUAUAUGUCUCUACCUGACACUCAGUUCUGUUUCAAACGCAGACAAACCCCCAGAGUCUCAAGAACUAUCUCUAUUAAUAGUAAUGUGGUUUUUAAACGUCAAUUGUGCAUAGCUUUGUGCUAAAGAUUGUGUUAGACUUAAAAAUUCAUGAAUUGGUUCUUUGUUGUGUUUUCAUUAUUGAAAAUAAAUAAAACUUUGAAUCUUUUAAA